UUUUUACCCGUUGAGAUGUUAUCUUACCGUCGGUGAGAUAUCUCUAGGUCGACUUGAUGCCUGGGUGUGCCCUGCCCCGUAUGGGUCAGUCAGUCUAGUUAGUGUGCGAGCGAAACUCCACCUCGGAUGCAAUGCACAUAUGUAUGUGAUGAUUCUUGUGGUUUGAUUUUCGACACUUUACAUCUGUGAGUCGUGUCGUCGUUGUCGUCGUCGUUGUCGCCAUGCAUUUUCUUGAAACGCCCUCCUUCGCCCAUAACAGGUCGCCGUCCUCGUCCAACUUUAUUAUUGAGGAGGACUCACGCUCGGACAUUUCAGAUUACCCGAUCUCCGCGAAUGGAAAUGACUCCAACACUUCGGCCAGAGACUUUUGGGCAAGGCGGAGGUUGCUGAAGGGGUUGGUGGGUGUGAUGUGCAUCCUCGUCCUCCUCCUUGCCGCGGCCGUCUCCAUUCUGGGCGUCCUCUACAUGCAGACAUUCCCCAGCUUUGAAACUUGUCGCACCCGGACGUGCACCCGGACGGCGACACUCUUCAUGAAAACGAUGGACGAGACGGUCGAUCCGUGUGAUGAUUUCCAUAAGUUUGCAUGCGGAAAUUGGAUUUCUGACACGGCGGCUGUCGUCUCCGUGGCGGUUUACGACCACACAACCAUCAUGCGCGACAGGAUCGUGGGACGACUGAGGAGUCUCACAGAAAAUAUAACGAAUGAAGAUAUCGAGUCGUUACAACAGGUCAGGAUCAUGUACAACACAUGCGUCGAUUUAGUGGCUAUCGAGGAGGCCGGUCUGUCCCCACUGGUCGACCUAGUGACCCGGCUUAUCCGCCCGAACGCCACUCUGGGGGCGACGCUGGGUCUCAUCCAUCGUGAAACUGGGCAAGACUACGUUUUCGACCUGAGCAUUGGACCCUCCUUUCAAAAUACUUCGGUCUACUUGCUCUCCAUCGACCAGCCGGAACUACCCGUCGUGAAGGCCAACUUCCUCUACACGCCGGCCGUCGUGGCAGCGUAUGAGCGUCUCAUUGAGAAGGUUCUUCUCCGCUUGGGAAAGGAAAAAGGAUUCCCUCCGCUGAAAAAAGACGCCAAAACGACGGCGAAAAAGAUCGCAGCGUUCGAACAGCUUUUCGCCUUGGCCAUGUCAGACGAGGACGAUCGUGGCAAAGCGUCCACCGCGAACCUAAUCACGUUAAAAGAGCUGAAUCUUCUGUUUCGAAAUGGGGGCGUUGGUGAAGGAAAUGCCACUGGAAAUGUGACCCAAAGCAAACCUGCAACUCGUCGUGACAACUUUUUCAACUGGACGGAAUACGUGGACACGUUAUUCAACGGGUUGGCGGAUGUUGAAGUAAACGACGACUUUAUCUUAAACCUUGAUGACGUCGCCUAUAUCAGAAAGGUUGCUCAACUCCUCGCCAAGACUGAUCCGGAACAGCUAAAACUGUACAUCACGUGGGAGUUGAUCUACACGUUUGGGAAGGACGUGACGAAGGAGGUUCGUGACCUUUUUAACGCCUUUACCGCCAUCUCGGAGGGGACCGAGUCGACGCCUAAUCGACACACAGAGUGCAUUCUGCUCCUCGAUCAGUCCCUCCCCUUCGCACUCACGCACAAAUACGUUCUCAAGUAUGUCAAGGACGCCACAAUUCAAGAGGCGCGCGAAAUGUACCGCAACAUUUUGAGCGCGUUUAAAGCGGAAGUGGGGCUUUUGGAGUGGAUGGAUGUGAGGACGAAGAAGCGCGCGUUAGAUAAGGCGAACCGCGUGGAGGGCUAUAUCGGAUUUCCUGCCUGGCUGAAAGACCCCGUCGCUGUGGACGCCUUCUACGCCGCUCUCCGCUUUAAUAACUCUUCAUUUUUCAGAAAUAUACUCACCAUGAUGAAGUGGAUCGCGGAGAAGGCGUUGCGAGAAUACGUGGGUCCCGUGGAUCGCUCAUGGACGUCGGACUCACCAGCAGAAGCGGAUGCAUUUUACGACGACGAGAGGAACGCGAUCACCUUUCCAGCCGGGUUUUUACAAGAGCCGUUCAUCGGGAUGGGACUGAAAGCUGUGGACUAUGGCGCCCUGGGGUCAGUGCUAGGUCACGAGUUGACCCACGGCUUUGACACGAUGGGGCGCUACAGUGACGAGUAUGGACGAUUGAACGCGUGGUGGACGUUGGACACGCUGGAGCACUUUGUCUCCAAGGCCCAGUGCUUUGAAGACCAGUACAGCACCUUCUGGCUCCCAGAGCUUGGUGUCGUUCCAGGACCUAAUAACACGGUGAACGGGAAGCGUACGUUGGCGGAGAACAUUGCGGACAAUGGCGGAAUUCGAGAGGCUUUCCAAGCGUACGCGUACUACGUUGAGACGCGUGGGUCCCCAGAACCGAGGCUGCCAGGGUUAGAAAAGUACUCUUCGGAGCAGUUGUUUUUUCUCUCGUUCGCCCAGUCGUGGUGCUCUUAUCUUUCACCCGCCGCGCUAACCGACAUGGUGGAAACGAAUGUGCACAGCCCACCAAAAUUUCGCAUUACCGGUCCCCUCGCGAACUUUCCAGAUUUUGCUCGUGUCUGGAGCUGUCCUGCCGGGUCAAGGAUGAAUCCCGAGGAUAAGUGUGUCCUUUGGGGUGGACGGGACGACGUCAGGGUGACGAAGACAUCAAAAACUCAUUAACCAAACCACCAGAAAAUAAACUGCUUUGAUAAAUAAAUAAAUACGACACGAUA